UUUGAUCCGUGUGUGCGGCUGCGAGAUGUCGCGGCUGAGUGCAACCGACGCCGCGCUCCAUGCAGCAGCGACGUCCCUUGGAGACGCAUCGCUGCUACUGUGGCUCAUGGUCCCGUCGAUUACGUCGAUUGUCGUGGUCGCUGCGUUUGUGAUCCACCACAUUCGCCAUCACGACGGGGUGAAAGCCCGCAAGGGUGCAACAACGGAGACCACGUCGAUACAUGCAGCGACGACAACACCAACCCACCAUAGCGAUUCCUUUGGGCAUGGAUUGACCCUUCGCGACGUGUCGAAUCCUGAAGCGACCAUCGACUUCAACUCGAAGCUCCCCAUCCCGAUCAACUCGGCCCUGUUCCAAGGAUUUGCAUAUGUGUUGCUCCGACGACCAGACGGCGACCCGCAUUGGGACCCUCACUUUGAGGGCAAACAGCGAACUGUCUGGAUCAUGGUGCAGGGGUCUUUUAAGCGAGCUCCUCUUGGAACGAUCUACGUCGCAGGCGAGCUUCCUCGCACGAUGGCUCUGACGUUUUGGAGCAAGGCGCUCGUGACCAUGAUUGUGGCGACGAUCAAGUCGUUGCUUGGUGGCAUCAUUCAUUUUUCGUUUGGUGACAAAGACGAGUUGCCUCACUUGGCGCUUCCGUUGUACCAGAGCGCCGACACAGUCAUUGCGACACCUCUCGACGAAGUGCCGCCCAAAUUGGGAGCGUCCAACUGGGUCGAAGAUCCUGCGAAAAGGGCCGAACGCAAGCGAACACCAGUGGGCGCCGAGACCUUUCGUACCGACGUGGUGUAUUCAUUCCAGUUCCACACGAUGCACGUCGAUUUGGCCCAUUGGAGUCUCGUGAACCUCCCAGGCCUCCAGAACGUCAGCUUGACGUCUCUGAUGGGCGACAUGUCGUUGCGGCUUGGCGUGUACGAGCACACGGACCCAGUGUCCCCCGCCGAAGAUUCUGCGCACAUCACCAAGGAGUACUGUUUCUCGUUUGACAUUUCGUCGAGCUUGGCAGCGCCAUCGACGAGUGCCGCCUCGUCCACAGACAAGCUGGAGACGUCAAUUCCGUCCGCCACCGCCGUCGAGUUUGAGAUGUGGAUGUGGCUGGAAACAUUUGACCCAUCAACAGAACGUCGACCGGUCUCGUACCUUUUCCGCGUUUUGCAGCCAGACGGAACCCCGAAAACCGUCCUGGUCUCGUCCGCAAACAUUAUCGCCAUCCUUUCGUCUUGCUCGGACAAGUCUGUCCGCCUCUUGACUCGCGCCCGCCUGGACCACUACCUUGCCAUUGACGAUCAAGUCGUGGACAUCAACCGACGAUUGCACUCGGUGGCCGCCAUGUCGCAGUCGUCUGCGGCGUACGCUCUGCUAAAAAACGUGUUGACGCCCCCGUCGUCGCCUGACUCCCCAACGGCGUUGCUGCCGCAUGGCCAAUCCCCAAAGGACCUGGGCGUGCAUGUAUGGCGGUGGGAUCUGAACGUGUGUAUGGAAGGCAGCUGCUACCGAAUCGUGAGCGACGUGUGUUUGCGGCAAGAGUAUAUCGUGCUUACAUCGGCGUCGCUGCUGGUGUAUCGCACAUACGCGUCGCAGCCGGCGGUCAAGAUAUCGGUGAACAACAUAACGAACGUCACGACGCUAUUCGUGCAUGAUCUGCAUGUUGUGGCGAUUUACACGUGGACGGAAGUGAUGUACUUUCAUGUGAGCGACCCUGCGGCGUGGCAGGCGGCGCUGGUCGCCGCGACCGACCGCCCGGCGUUGCAAGCCAUCACGUCACCAAGCAAUCACAAAGUCAACUUGUCCCAGUGGAGUCCGUUCAAUGUGGUCACGUUCGAGGGCCAACUCGUUCUGAACCACCGAAAAAUCGCCUUCGACGAUGGCGACGACUGUCCGACUCUUCAACUGGACGAUGCUGUCACGAAAUCGGCCGAAUGUGUGCAAAUGGCGGUGAUGGCGAGCACAUCUCGCCAACACCGCGCCAAGUUGCAACGAAUGGUCCAUGCGCUCCGUCAGGUCGACCUGGCUACCUUGUCCACGUCCGACAUGAAGCUCGUUUUUCUCCUGAACGUGUACCAGGCACUUCUCGUCCACGCAUCGAUGGCCCUUCCAUUCAGUACAACUGUGACCAUGCACCAAUGCGCGUACGAAGUCGGCAAGCAAAAACUUGUGCUGUCCCUGGCCGAGAUGGAGCACGUCCUGAUGCGUGCGGCGGCGCCGCAGUUGACGGAUUUGCCAUACUUGGACUUCGUCCCCGAGGCGGCGGCGUAUCCAACCUCGUUUUCCAUCUUGACGUUGCCUUCGCGAGACUUUCGCGUGAGUCUUGCCCUUCAUGCUCAUCGCUCCGACAAGCGCAUUGUUGAGUAUUCCGUCGACGGCGUCCACUGUCAACUCAACCAUGUCGUGGGAACCUUUCUUGGUCAACACGUGCGCGUAAAAUCCAGUGGCGCUGUGACGUUACCCCUGGUGUGCCAGUGGUUCCAAUCAGACUUUGGCGACCACAUCCUCCGCAAGACCAUGGGGCUGCUCGCUCCUGACACGUUUGCAAAGGUACAGGACGCCCUAGACCAUCCCAAGUUUUCCGUCCAAUUCCGAGACAACCGCGCUGACCGAGUGUCGUCCCAGUGGGCGUUGGUGUCCACGGCGGCGCUGACCGCACAAGCUAUCGCUGCGUAAUUAUUUAUACAAGACUAUUUGUUCCCCAAGGACUUUUGGCCCUUGGACGCUCGA